CUCCGGUUGUGCAGGAACAUACUAUUGACCGCUGAGCGUCCGUCUGUCGACCGCCUGAUCUGUGUACUCGCCAGGGGAAAAGGAGGCGUAAAUUAUCGAUAACGAACGGAACACCGAACCGUUUGCGCAAUUGCAGUGCUGGUUUAUGACACGCGCUCUUUGGGACAUUAUACGCGGGAAAAAAGCAGCAGCUCUCGCGUGUUUGUUUGUCUAGUCCGUCGUGAGUACAUGAAUGUUAGAUUUCAGCACCGUCCCGAGGACAGCGCGCGCUAGCAUGUGUUUUUACUAUAGUAAAACGGUGUAAACGCCAGUGUGUCGCGGAGAUCAGCGCGGAAUGGCGUCGCGGUGGAUCGCGUUCAUCGCUUUACUGUGGGAGUUCCAGUUCUGUGUUUGCCGUGAGGUCACUCUUCCCGCCGGGCCGCUGUAUCGGGUCGCAGGUUUCUCGCUGUCCCUUCCCUGCACCGUUUCGGGAUACGAAGGCCCGCGGACGCAGGAUUUUGAGUGGUAUCUGUACCGGGAUGAUGCUGGGGGUCGACAGAUCGGUGUGGUGUCCACACGGGAUGCAGGCUUUCCAUACGCACCGUUCCAAGGUCGCGUGGAGGUCGGCGAGGUUCGAGUCGAGAGGGAUUCAGGAGACAAAGCCAGACUGAUCAUCCAGAGGCUGCAUUCAGACGAUCAGGGCCGCUACGAGUGUUACACGCCCAGCACUGACACCCGCUUCCUAGGGAACUACAGCUCAUCAGUGGUGGUCAAAGUGAUUCCCGACACGCUGCUUAUAACACAUUCUCGCAUUCUGAGCGGCCAACCUGUUAUCGAAGGCACGGAGCUUCAGCUGACGUGCGCCGCGUCCGUCCAAUCGGAUCAGCACACUCACGUGUCCGUCACUUUCGGCGUGCGCACCAGCAGGGGGGCGGAGUCUCAGGGACACAACCUGAGAGAGAUCAUUGCUGUCGACCGCGAGCUCCGUGUGACGCCGGGCCGCAGCGGCUCCUACGGGAAGAGAUACGGAGACGGAGAGAUCGCUGUGGAGAAGCGGAGAGGAGAUGGAGGCCGGGAUCAGUACGUGCUGAAGAUGAGCGCUCUGGCACCCGAGGAUUCUGGGUCGUAUUUCUGUGAAGCUGCGCAGUGGAUCAGAGAUCCGGAUGGCAAAUGGGAACGCAUCGCACAGAGGACCAUGGAGCUCGGGAAUCUCACCGUUCAACCGCUCGCGGACACACUGAGCAUUCGCUCCAUCCCGGAGGGUGAUGUCUCUCUGCGUCCCGGCGCUCCGCUCCAUCUCCGCUGUCAGGUGUCCGGCGUGGGCUCGUGGAAGCGCUCGGCGCUGCUGGUGCAGUGGAUGCGGCGCGGGCCGGCGGGGGGCGGAGAGCUGGAGGUGGUGCGUGUGGAUCCUGACGGUGUGGUGGUGUGGGGUGAUGAUCUCAGCAGGGCUGGAGGAGGCAGCAUGGAGAAGGAGGGCGACGGGAGCUUCUCUCUACACCUGUUCUCCGUUCACCCGUCUGACGCCGGACUCUACCGCUGCGCUGUGAGCGUCAACGCCGGGAGGAAGACUCCAGCGCCGGACAGUCCAGCCACGAUCACACAGAGAUCAGACUGGGUCACUGUCAGCCUGAAGACUGAAGAGGUGCGUGUGUCUGCUAGCAUUGAUCUGCCGCGGCGUCCGCUCCUGAAGCGCGGCAGCACCGUCACGCUGCUCUGUAACGUCUCUGUGGACUCCAGCGGAGCGUCACGCGUCGAGGUGCAGUGGCUCCAGACGCCGUCUCUCUCUGAGGACCGCGGAGUCCUGCUCCUAGCGACUCUGAGCUACGACGGUCUGACGCGCAUCUACAGCAACGGCAGCGAGCUGAGCGUGGACCGUGUGUCCGCCGGCUGCUUCAGGAUGAGGAUCUUCUCGGCCGCUGAGGAGGAUCAGGGACACUAUCAGUGUCGAGCGCAGGUUUGGGCGCAGGAUCCACGAGGAGGAUGGUACAGCACCGGCGCUGAAGCCCAGUCUGUGAGCGUUCACCUGUACCUGUACGCACGAGUCACUGAUCUGCUGCUCUUACCUCUCGUGAUCGGCGUGUCUUCGGCGCUGUUCGUGGGAAUCCUGAUCAUCGCCACUGUGACGUGCUGCUUCAUGAGCAGACUGGCCAGACAGCGCUCACGAAUACGCAAGUAGGAAGAUGAGAGAGACUCUCAUGGAAAAACAGUUGCAUAUACACAAACGCAUCUAGAUCCUCUUCAAGCUGUGACGUUGUGAAUUGCACGGUUUCUAUUCACUCCACUGUUGAAUAUUAAUUUCUCUGUGCAUUUGCUUGAGAUGAAUAGGAGGUAUGUUUAGGAGAACCACUAAUAAUAAUCGCACAGAUGUCCAGCACUGAAAUCACUCACUGAUAUGAAGCGUGCUCAUAAUUCAACUGAAUACUUUGUCAUAUAAAACACUUUUACAGCACUUUUAUGGCAUGCCAUAUUUUUUUCACUUUUUGUAAUAGAAUGAAAUGCAUUGAAUAUCCUUCAGUUCCAGUGAAAUGGGAGCGAAUCCGUCUCUAGUGCACGCUUGUUUUUCAGUGACGUGUUCAUAAAGUUACUUCAUUCUUAUGUUCAUUCAUGCAAAUGGAGAAAUUCACUCUGAAAUGUCUGGCUAAGAUUUUACCCUAAAACCUAAAGGAAAACAUUUUUAUUUUAUUUUUAUUUCAUAACACUUUCAUGAAAAUUAAGCAAAUUUACAAACCAAAUUUCCAUUUCCAUAAUGAAUUCUGUCUGGACAUUGUGAUGUGUAUAUAUUAUCUUGAAUUCAGUACAGCAAAUCAUUGUACUAAAUGUACAUAAAAUAAUUUAAAAAAAGUGGAUUUUUGUAACUGAAAUUUUUUUUUAUUGAAAAUUCGAUUUUUUUUUAUUACAGUAAUGAAUAUUGUAGGUAAAAAAUUUUUUUGAAUAUUGUGGGAAAUGCAUAAAGUCAUCACAAGACCCCCCUUGCCCCUUCUUUAUAUUUUAGGGUCUAAUACGGCCCCGACAUUUCUUGCUGGAUUUGUGAGAUUCAUCUGAAUUACAUGAAAUAAAUAUGAAUAGAAAUUGAAAAUCAUCCCGAUGUUAAAAGCUGAUUUUAUUUUGCAAUUGAACUGUUUUGUGGGUUUUUCUGGGUCCUUCCACUAAACAGGUGCCUUUAUGUCCCUCCUAACAUCUGAAUAACAUCUGAGUUUGUGUUUCCAGGUUAAAAUCUUGUGCUAUUCUCUGCCAAGGAGCAGCAAAUGUCUCCUCUUUAAUCAAUAUUUGAUAUUUCGAUUGUAUCGCAGAAGGAUACAAUGUUACAUGCUCAAACUUGUGACUUUUUUUUUUUUUUAUAUAUAUAGUGAAUUAUUUUUGAAAAUGUCUAUUUUUAGCAAUCUCACCCACUAAUCCUGUGCCAUAGUUACAUUCCAGCAUUGAUUAAUAUUUAUUAAUUUAGCUUGAGAUGCAGUGAACACACUCUCUGUUUAGUUUGCUGUAAAAAGCAGCGUUUCAUAGAACGACCCAUUAGAAGAAGUAGAGUUUUGAAGAAAUGUCUGGAUGUGGUGUUUCUCCAGCAGACGAUAGCUUAGAUAAAUGGACUUGAAUCAUGAUUGUGAUGUUCACACUCUCUCUCUCUCUCUCUCUCUCAGUUUGAGGAGAAAGGGAGCGUGUGUUUCACUGCUUAUUUACAGCGUUCAGACGCUGAGAUCUGACUUAUCCUCUUACUCCACGUGACUAAACGCUGAGAGCUGGAUAUUAAUCCUCGUUUAAUGUCUGAAACCUCUCGUAUAUAACGCUGUGUUCAUCUGUUCUCUGUCCUCUUCAUUUACACUGCAGCGUUUACACCAGAGCCGCCCAAACUUUAGAAAACACAGGACUCUGGGGGAAAGUCCAAAUAUAUUCAGUUGUAUUCAAUUUAAUAGAAUUAUUUUGUUUAUAUUUUUAAUGAAAUUUACUUAUAUUUUUAUUUUAUUUUAAUGCAAAAGUAAAAGUGUGUGUGUGUGUGUGUGUCAGAGAGAAAGAGAGUGAGUGUG